AUGAGCUGCAAGGCCAUGGUCAUGAUGAAAGGAAUCCUGAUCUUGGGGCUCUUGUUGGCUACUCCCAGCUGCUUUGGCGAAUAUAAGGACUUGGUCAAGUGCUUCCAGGACCCUGAAUAUGAGUCUAUCCUUGUCACAGCCCAGAAGGGCCUCCACUUCUCCCCGCUGCCCAAGCGUGUGGUGGUAGUGGGAGCUGGCAUGUCAGGGCUGACAGCGGCCAAGGCCCUGCAGGACGCAGGCCAUCAGGUAACUGUCCUGGAAGCCAGCGACCAUGUCGGGGGGCGAGUGGUCACAUUCAGGAAUGAGAAGGAGGGCUGGUACUCUGAACUGGGGGCCAUGCGAAUCCCAGAGUCCCACAGGUUGGUCCACACCUACGUCAGGAAGCUGGGCCUGAGGCUGAACAAGUUCAUCCAAUAUGAUGGUAACACCUGGUUCCUCAUCAAUGGAAGACACUAUCGUACCAGGGAGGUCAAGGCCAACCCAGAGCUCCUAGGCUAUUCCAUGAACCCAAAAGAAAAGGGCAAGAACGCUAUGCAUCUCUUCUACCAGUCCAUUGAAAAGGCUUACCUGCUGAAGGAAGGGAUGCUGAGCCAAGGAGCAGUGAAGAUGAUCGGGGAUGUGCUGAAUGAGGAGUCUGGACACUCUAAGUCCCUCCUGGAGUCCCUGCAGGCUGACAUGAUCUUCGAGAGUGACAACUUUUCUGAGAUCACUGGUGGCUUUGACCAGCUCCCCAAAGCCCUCAAUAUGAGCUUGAAGCCUGGCACCAUCCAUCUAGGCUCCAAGGUGAAGACAGUAGUGAGAGAUGGGCCUGAGGUCCGGAUUUCCUACCAAGUGGGCAAACCCAACUCAACGCCACACACCCUCGCCACGGACUUUGUUAUCAUUUCAGCCUCAGCUAAGGCCACGCGCCUCAUCACCUUCGAGCCACCACUCUCCCUGGGCAAGAUGGAUGCGCUUCGCUCGGUGCAUUACACCAGCGCCACCAAAGUGGUUCUGGCCUGCAACGAGUCCUUCUGGGAGCGGGAUGGCAUCCGGGGCGGGAUCUCCGUCACCGACCGGCCCUCACGCUACAUCUACUACCCCAGCCACAGCUUCCCCAGAGGCAAGGGUGUGCUGCUAGCCUCCUACACCAUGGACGAUGAUUCCCUCUUCUUUCUAUCCAUGAACCAGGACCAGGUUGUGGAUAUCGUCUUGGAGGACCUGGCGGCCGUGCACCAGAUGCCCAAGGAGGAGCUGCGGCGCAGGUGCCCCUCGUCUGUGCUCAAGCGCUGGUCUCUGGAGCCCCUCAUCAUGGGUGCUUUCACUGAGUUCACACCCUAUCAAUUUGCGGACUAUUCGCAGCAGCUCUUCCAGCCAGAGGACCGCAUCUACUUUGCUGGCGAGCAUACCAGCCUGCCCCACGCCUGGAUAGACACUGCCAUUAAAUCUGGCCUCCGGGCAGCUAGGGACAUCCAGGCUGCUGUGGACGAGGAGGCCACCGGGGGACAGAAGACCUUCACCAACAGCCAGGACCUUGUCUAACACUGAGAGAAAUCCCCAAGGGAUCUGGCAGGAAGCAAAAGCUGCAAAGUGGGAGUUGGAGGCAGAGGCCCUGGGGAGGCAUCACCAUUCAUCCCCCUGGCCCGCAAACAGGAACCCCCAAAUACCAAAGAACCCAGUUGGCAAGUCCACAGGAAACAUCACCCCCUUUUAUUCUCUCUCCUGCCAGCAAAGAGAAGGAUCAGCAGAGUCAGGAGAGAUAUUUGGAGAGAGAAAGAAAAACUCAAGGAUGGAGUGUGCUAGAACCAGUCCUGAGCUUGCGUAACAGUAACAAGCAAAAGAGAAAGGUUUCAGCAACACCCUGUCAUCUACAACUAGAAGCCCCUAAAGAAACAGGCAAACCCAAACCACAGCAACGUUAAACCACAGAUUGACCACACAAACCCGCAGCACGGCAAACUUGAGCCAAGGCCUCCCAUCUCUGCCCACCCGCAGUCCAGAUGGAUGGGAGAGAUCAGAGUUCUUUUUUCUCUUUUUGAGCCUGCUCGAGAUCUCCUGGCCUGUGGACUUUUCCCCUCCACUCUGACCUCCGCAUCACCAACCAGAACUCACCCCCCUGCUUUUACCUCCCUCUGGGAGGACACCAAGCCCAUUCUACAUGCUUCCUCCCCACGCUGCUCCUCACUAACACCUGCUCUGUCCUUCCAGGCCCAAGUGAAACUAUUUCCUCUCCCAAAUCCUUCCUUAGUGGUCACACAGCAAACCCCGAGGAUCUCUCCUGUGAGCCACAAGCCUUCCUACCGAGAACCCCAAACAUUUGGACUAUGGAUCUUCUUGCGUUGUUAUAUAAUUACUACAUAGGUCAUUUCUGGGUACUUGGGUCCAAGUAGGCAAAAGGAAGAAUUAAAUAAACUGGAAAACCCUCUGGGAAACCUGAGAACAUUCUUACCAGGAGGACGCUGGAGACCAGUAUGUGAUGAAAUACAGAGUGUUAUGUCCUGAGACUGUCAUUUCACAGGAGGAAGAGAUAGAGAAAAGAAGCACAUUUUCUUACUGCAUUUGGCCUAUUUUUAGGACCCCAGCCUACUUAACUUUGAUUUUCCAAGCACCCUAUAUUAGUAAGGAUGCUUCCGUUUCAGGCGCUGGAAAUCAAGCCCAAACUGCCUUAAGGGAAAGGGAAUGUCCUGGCUCAAAUUUCUGAAAAGUCCAGAGCAAUUGGGUUCGGGAAUCAAUAAGUCAUCACUGAGGUUUUCUCUUUCUCCACUUCUUGACUAUGCUUUCCUAAAUUAGUUUCUGUAUUAAGUUGAACGAUGGCCCCAAAAGUUCAUAUUCACCCAAAACCUGUGAAGGUGAAUGCAUUUGGGAAUAGGGUCUUUGCAAAUGGAAUCAAGCAAAGAUGAGGUCACACUGGAUUAGGGUGGACCCUAAUCCAAUAAGCGGUGUCCUGAUAAGAGGGAGAUUUGAAUACAAACAUGUACAGAGGGAAGACAGCCAUGAACCGACGAUGGAGCCAGAUUGGAGUGAUACAUCUACAAGCCAGGGAAUCCCAAGGGUUUCUAGGAACCUCCAAAAACUAUGAGGAGGCAUGGAAUAGACUCUCCCUCAGGCUCCAGGAGGAAUCAACCCUGCUGGCACUUUGAUUUUGAAUUUCUAGCCUCCUGCAAGAAAAUAAAUAUUUGCUCU